AUGAAGGAAGCUGAAGAGACUCCAGAAUAUAGAGAAAUUGGGUAUCCACGGAUCCUUGUGAUGCCUCAGGAGGAACCCGCAAUGCCUGUGGAUCCAUUUGAAGCCAAGGUAGAUGAAGAAGAUUGCAUAGAAGAAUUGUUUCUUGAGGAGUUCAAUGACACAUCAGAGAUGUCCAGGGAUUUUAUGGUGAAUAAAGAAUAUGAUUCUUAUAAUGAUGUGCUUCAGGAAUGUGUCAACAACAGAGAGAAGUCACAGGUGGACUACGAUACUUUACCCCACCUCUACAGGGGAAGCAGGUAUAAGGAGAGCUUGGAGGCUGCUCCUGAGCUGAGGAUGUCUGACACAUCACAGGAUUGGGUUGUCUACACCAUGGCCUGGGUUCCUCUCCUGCUCACAUUUCUGACUCACUGCACAGGGGUCACCUCUCAGAAUGUGGUGAUUCAAGAAUCGUUACUGUCCACAAAUCCUGGGGGUACAGUUACACUCACCUGUGGCUCCAGUGCUGGGGCUGUCACCACCAAUAAUUAUGCUAGUUGGAUUCAACAGAAGCCCUACCAGAAGCCCAGGGGUCUAAUAGUUGAUACCAGUAAUAAGAAUCCAGAAGUUCCCGCCCGAUUCUCUGGCUCCCUGCUUGGAAACAAGGCAGUCCUCACCAUCACUGGAGCCAAAGAAGAGGACGAAGCUGAGUGUUUCUGUGUUCUGUGGUUCAGCAAUCAUUUCCACAAAUCGUCACUAGUCACAACUGCUGGAGGCACAGGUACACUCACAUGUGGCUCCAGUACCGGGGGGUUAGUGACUUCCAAUCACCUUGCUUGCUGGAUUCAACAGAAUCCCUACCAGAAACCCAGGGGUCUAAUAGCUGGAACCAGUAAUAGGCAUCCAGAUGUCCCUGCCAGAUUCUCUGGUUCCCUGCUUGGAAACAAGGCAGUCCUCACCAUCACUGGAGCCAAGGAAGAGGACGAAGCUGAGUAUUUCUGUGCUCUGUGGCUCAGCAACCAUUUCCACAGUGACAGAUGGAAGUGGGGAAGUGAGACAUGA